CAGCUGAAUACACCCACAUAGAUCUAUACAUUCGCAUGUGACAGCCCACAUUCCAUGAUGGCUGGCUCAGUCGUAGUUCCCAGGAACUUUCGUCUGCUCGAAGAGUUAGAGGAAGGCCAGAAGGGAAGUGGGGAUGGAACGAUUAGUUGGGGCUUGGAGAACGACGACGACAUGACGAUGACUAGUUGGACAGGAAUGAUUAUCGGGCCUCCACGGUGUGUUUUCGAAGGUCGUAUCUACAGCUUGAAACUACAAUGUGGGGCAAAUUAUCCAGUUGAGCCACCAAUAGUUCGAUUUCAGACUCGGAUUAAUAUGAACGGUGUCCAUGCUAGUAGUGGUCAGGUUGACAAGAGGGCUAUUCCUGUUUUAGCAAGAUGGCAGAGAAACUACACAAUAAAAACUAUUCUAACAGAAUUGCGGAGGCUAAUGACAGCGAAAGAGAAUGCAAAGCUAGCACAGCCUCCAGAGGGUUCAUUGUAUUCUUGAUAGACUUGUGGUUGCAGACUUGGGUUACUUUUGGAUUUGCGUGUGAAUAGUAUACGUUGUGCACGCUUCUCUGAUAGAGUCCUUUUGCACAGUACAACUAGGUCUGUAGCACAUGCAUACGAAUAUAUAACAUCCGGGA